UUUGUUUGAGGGAAGGGGGUCUGUUACAGGUUUUCCCAAGGCUUAGAGGUGAGUAUGGAACAAGUGAGAAUCGCGAAAGCUGGAGACCAGCGAGGAGAGCGCAAGCGGGGAGUGAUAGGAAGGAAUAAGAGAGAAAGCUUCAUUUUUUCUCCCCUUCCCAUCACAACUUUCGCCCCCUUUCCUUAACAAUUAACUCAAAUAUCCCCGAAAAGUGAUCGCGAGCGACUGGGAACAAUGCAGGGAGGGAGGGGAGGGGAGGGUACACGGGCUAUACACCAUGAGGUUUAAUGACAUUUCAACCUGCUUCAUUUUUAGCAAUAGCUGAGGUGUACAAAACCGAAGGCAAUGAAGCGUACUUACAGGAAGAUUACAGCAACGCCGUUUACUUUUAUACUGAGGGAAUUAAAGUAAACUGCAAGGACAAAGACCUAAAGGCGAAACUGUACAGUAACAAAGCUUAUGCAAAUCUUCGUUUAGGUAAGGCUACUUGUAUUUUGAAAAUAAAGAAAUAUUGCUUAUUUUCUGAUUGGUUAACCACUGAUGUUGAAUGUUUGCCAGUGUGAUCACAUGACUUGCUUUGGAAUGGUCCGUCAGGGGGUUUCCAGAUUUCACUGAUCUUAUUUGCUUUGAGUUUGCUUUGCUGCGUUUGCUGUGAGUAAUUUUUGUUUGUUUGCAUUUUUAACAUUCAUAGGAAACUACAUUUACUCCCUGGUAGAUGGACAAAAUGCCAGGGACAUUCGACCAUUGGCAAUCAAACCAAUAAUAGCAGGUAACUUUAGAAGAAUUUUUUUUAACUAUUUAGUAUCUAAGAAACAAAAUGGAUCAUAAUUAUACUAGUAAUGUUGGCAAGCAUUCUAUUUACCCCCUUCUUGUGAAAACACCAAAAGUUCAAACGGCUACAAAGUUCAAACGUUUAAAUAAUAUGGAAGAAAUUAAACUUUAGAUUUGGAGUCCAGGGUGUAACAAAGUCAUCAUCAAAUGUUUGUUUGCUCACGGGCUCUUUUUUAUAGUACAAAAAAUGGCAAUUACGGUUAUUCGUAGGCUACUUGCGACAUAGUUCUUCAUUCUCUUGAACAUAGGCACGUAUGACGUGCAUGAACUAUCAUGGAUGCUUCAGUGUAACUGUACCACGAAUGUACCCAUUUAAGCCUAAUUUUAGAGUGGCUUAUUGUUUGAAAUUGUCCGGAAAUUGGGUGUUGCUGUACAUGAAAAUGAUAAAAGUAGCAAAAUGACAGCUUAAAACGCGAAAGUUGCGCAAAACUGAGUCUAUCCUUAUCGCUAUAGAAAACUUAUCCUGAAGGAUUAUAUGCUUCUGGUUCAUCACACUGCGACAGACAUACAAAGAUACUAAUACACUAUAAGAACUCCGACAAAUGAGAAAUUUUGAGAAAUGGCAGGUAGGAGGGAGCAAGACAUAAAAAAAAUGUUUUCAACAUGCUUUAUUUUUACGAUUUUAGGGGCGAAAGCGUUUGAGAAGUUAAAACUGUUUGAGCUGGUGAUCACUUGGUGUGAUCAAGGAUUAGCAGUAUCCUUUUACUCUUUACAUUCUUCCAUAGCUGAAAAAUGGUUUAUUUUCGCAACUUGUUGUAUACACUUCCGUUACGAUUUGUCUACCAUUUUUCUUGACUAA